CUCAUUACGCAUAUUGGCGGCACAGUUACUUCUGCUGACCAAAGUAUUAACCCAUGAGAGAUCUUCCACUCAAAAAGGCAAAAGCCCCGAGCGAUACUUGUUCGACUCUCAGACUUGAACUUCACAUAUCCCCUAGAGCGCUUACAAUGUUUCUUCUCAAGGCAUGGAGACAAACGGCUUUUGCUACAUAUGGGUACCUGAAUUUCACCAAGUCUGGUUUCAUAGAACAUUCAAAGAAUUUCAAGUCAGAGGACAUGGAAAUACGGAGAGACGGGAAAAACUGCAUUGUAACAGGAGCUAAUUCAGGCCUUGGUUUUGCGACUGCUGAGGGACUUGCAUCACGUGGGGCAACUGUGUAUAUGGUCUGUCGAAACAAGGAGAGAGGUGAAGCAGCACAAUCUAAAAUUCAAUCUAAAACUGGUAACCAAAAUGUUCAUUUGGAGGUCUGCGAUCUUUCAUCUGUUAGUGAUGUCAAAUCAUUUGCAUCCACGUUUUCCUUAAAGAAUGUGCCAGUUCAUGUAUUGGUUAACAACGCAGGCAUGCUUGAGCAUGAUAGAGUUACCACAUCAGAAGGGUUGGAGUUGAACUUUGCCACAAAUGUGUUGGGCACCUAUGCCAUGACUGAACUGAUGUUGCCAUUGCUGGAGAUAGCUGCACCUGAUGCUCGAGUUAUUACUGUUUCCUCUGGUGGCAUGUACACAGUUCCCUUGACCAAAGAUUUACAGUUCACUGAUGGCAACUUCAAUGGGGUGGAGCAGUAUGCUCGAAACAAGCGAGUUCAGGUGGCACUAACUGAGAAAUGGGCUGAAAUAAACAAAAACAAGGGGAUUGGAUUCUAUUCUAUGCACCCUGGUUGGGCUGAGACACCUGGGGUUGCCAACAGUUUGCCGAGUUUCUCUAAAGCUCUUUCGGGAAAACUUAGAACAAACGAUGAAGGUGCAGACACCAUUGUUUGGCUGGCUUUGCAGCCAAAAGAGAAAUUGGUAUCAGGUGCAUUUUAUUUUGAUAGAGCAGAAGCACCUAAACACCUGAUGUUUGCAGCUACCAGUGGCUCUCAUGGUGUAAUUGACUCGGUUAUUGACAGUCUACGACGCUUAUCUGGUAUCUCUGCACAAGAUUAGGAAACCUGUAUAGUAAUUUAUGGCUAUUUUACAUUUUUAACCAGUUCAAAAUGGCGGAAUUGUAGUCACAAGUGGGUCAAGGACAUUUGCAUCAUGAUGCAGUCAAACUCACUCUAGAACAAAAAAUCUCUUGUUGAAAUAAAUUGAAGCAAGAAUCGAAGCUAUUGGUGAA